AGAAGAAGAAGAGGGAGAAGAGAGGCGGGAUCGGUUUGUGCCUUGAAAUCCAGAGCAAAGCAAGUAGAUCGCCUCUCUUAUCGAUUAUCAGUUCGCGCUCCCUCCGUGGAUUUGAUGGAUAUUUGAUCAGUGGAUGUGAUGCCCAUAUAUAUCAUCGACCGAAAAUUUCCCGACACACCUGGUGAGUUGAUACAGCCAGUAGCUGAAGGAGGAGAGGCGAGGAUGACGGAGACCAACCCCCCCAAGUCGGCUAAAAAGCCCCGCUGGACCUCCCUGGAGAUCGGCCUCAUUACCAUUGUCUCCCUGCUCUUCAUCGUCAUCGUGGCCCUUGUCAUCCUCUUUGCCACACACAAGACCGAUGAAAUCUGCACCACAGCCGACUGCACACAAUCAGCAUCUCGGCUGAUUGAAAACAUGGAUGACAGCGUGAACCCUUGUGAGAACUUCUACCAGUAUGCCUGCGGAGGCUGGCUGAAGAAGAACAUCAUCCCGGAGACCAGCUCCAGAUACAGCACUUUUGACAUCUUGCGAGAUGAACUGGACGUUGUCCUUAAAGGUGUCCUGGAAAGAACAGUGCCGGGGGAAGCCACUGCCCUCACCAAGGCUAAGACUCUCUAUAAGUCCUGCACCAAUGAGAGUUUAAUUGAACUUCGAGGAGGGGGUCCAUUGCUCGCGAUGCUCCCUGAUGUGUUUGAAUGGCCCAUAGCUGUGGACAACUGGGAGGCCACCUUUGGUAAAACGUGGAGGUUGGAGGAUGCCGUAGCCAAACUGAAUGAGAAAUAUGGAACCCAAGUUUUGGUUAACUUUUUUGUUGGGACGGAUGACAGAGACUCCAAUUCGCACAUCAUUCAUUUUGACCAGCAGACAAGCCUUGGCCUCUUGUCCAGAGAUUACUAUGUCUGCACUGGACCCUACGCAGAGGCAUGUCGAGCUUAUGAACAGUUCAUGAUUGACCUGGCCAAGCUGAUCCGUACUGACCGGGCUCUGUCUAUCAAUGAGACCCAAAUCAAAGAGGAGGUGACAAGAGUUAUGGAACUGGAGAGGGACAUCGCCAACGCCACUGAUACUCCAGAAGACCGUAACAACCCAGUGCUGCUCUACAACAAGAUGGAACUGGGUGAUCUCAAUGCCAACUUCACCCUGGAGGUUGAAUCACGGGUGUUUAACUGGAGUUAUUUCACAGCCAAGAUCAUGGAUACAGUCAACAUCACUGUUCCUGAUACAGAGAAGGUCAUAAACUACUCCCCCAACUAUUACAGAAGACUCAACCUUGUCCUGGCCAAAUACACCAAGAGGGAUCUGCAGAACUACAUGGUAUGGCGUUUUGCCAUGAACAUGGUGGUCGGCCUGAGCAGAGCUUACAGGGACACCAGGAAAGCCUUCCGCAAGGCUCUCUCUGGUACGACGUCGGAGGCAGCAGUAUGGCGACAGUGCGCGCUCUACGUCAACAACAACAUGGACAAUGCUGUGGGAAGACUGUACGUGGAGGAGGCCUUCUCCGAAAAGAGCAAGGAGCUGAUGGAUGAGAUGAUUGCUGACAUCCGGGAGGUAUUCAUUAGUAACCUUGGCGACCUGACUUGGAUGGAUGCAGAGACCAAGAAAUCAGCGGAGGAGAAGGCUCGGGCUAUUCGUGAACGGAUAGGCUACUCUGACAACAUCAUGAAUGAUGAAUACCUCAACAAUGAGUACAAAGACCUGAGCUACAGUGCAGAGGAGUACUUUGAAAACAUCCUACAGAACCUGGAGUAUGUGCAGAAGAAACGCCUGCGGAAACUCAGAGUCAAAGUCAACAAAGAGGAGUGGGUAACUGGAGCUGCAGUUGUCAAUGCCUUCUACUCCUCAAGCAAAAACCAAAUAGUGUUCCCAGCUGGAAUCCUGCAGCCUCCCUUCUUCAGUAAGGGCCAGUCUAAAUCUCUCAACUACGGCGGCAUCGGCAUGGUGAUUGGUCAUGAGAUCACACACGGCUUUGAUGACAACGGUCGUAACUAUGAUAAGGAUGGUGACCUGAAGGACUGGUGGACAGCAGAAUCCACUCAGAGGUUCCUGGAGCUGUCAAAGUGCAUGGUGGAUCAGUAUGCCAACUUCUCCUGGGACUUAGCCAAUGGACUUCACUUAAACGGGAACAACACUCUGGGAGAGAACAUUGCUGACAAUGGAGGAAUACGACAAGCAUAUCAGGCCUACAAGAACUAUGUCAGCAAGCAUGGAGAGGAGCCUCCGCUGCCUGGCAUCGACCUUUCCCAUGACCAGCUCUUCUUUCUAAACUUCGCUCAGGUUUGGUGUGGAACGCAUCGACCAGAGCAAGCUGUGAACUCCAUCAAAGUAGAUGUGCACAGUCCGGGGAAGUUCAGGGUCCUGGGCUCCCUUCAGAAUUUCCCAGAAUUUGCCAAAGCGUUCAACUGCAAGAAGAACAGCUACAUGGUCCCUGACAACAUCUGCCGUGUGUGGUGAUCCACAGGCCUCUGGGGCGGGGGUCGUGUCGCCUGGGCUUGUCCCCGUCCCCUAACUUUCUCCCUGACUGUUUGAGCACUCGUGUGGGCUAGGGAGGCGGAGGCUCCCCUUGGCUCUCUACUGGAUGGACCAGGGCUAGUAGACUGACACUGCAGCACUCUCUUCCUCAGAAGACAGCAGUGGCCUGUACCCUCAUGGACAGACAGCGCACUGUCUCUCCGACUCACUGAUACUGUAGUUCAUUCAAUCAUCUUGAGAUUACACUGCUUUUCACAGAAUGCAGUCACUCCAGAGCCCCGUUCCUCAUGCAUUAAUAACUGACACGUUUGUUGACAAUUUGAUAUGAACCUGGGAUAUUCUGUUUAAAAUGUCCUAAAGCUCAAAUCUGCAAAUCACAGAGUUGCAAAUCAGAGUUAGCUGGAUUAUGACCAUGAUUUUUUUGAUGUAUCGGCAUCAUGAGCACAGACUACGCACAUUUCUGUUUAUUAAGUUAAGCUUUGUUAUGCUUGGUCCAGCUUUAUAAACAUAACUCGGUAGAUUUACUUAAUUUGCUAGAACUACUUAAUUCAGUUUAGUGAUCUGAUGCAAGUGAAUAGCUGCUAUAGAUGCAACUGUCGCCCGCCUACAUGUUUAUUUUAUCUGCAGGUUUGUGCCCUCUUAUUUUAGAGGUUGUGGCAGUAAAAACAAGCUGCUGCCUCAUUAAGCCACGGUGCCGUGCCAGCCAAUCACACGCCUGCUGAUCCUGAUUUCCUCUCUGUCGUCACACUCUCUUUAUUUCGAAACGCGAGUAAUCAUAGAUAAGUUUGAAUCUGCUACCCACAUUUGAGGAACAGAGUUAUGUCAAAAUAGGCUGGAUUAAUUUAGUGACGUAUUAGGAACGGGGCCCUCAUCAUGAGUUGCAAACAUCAAUGUGUAUUUUUCUCUUUGUCCAAUUAUUGCUCAUGAUGUGUAUGUCUGUGUGUGUGUGUGUAUGUGUGUGUGUGUGUG